AUGAAUGAUUCAAGCGAAGUUUCGCUAGAUGAAGAACAAAAAGCUUUGUUAUUAGAUUUACUUGAUAUAUUUCGCUCUACCAUAGCAACGUGCGAAUAUCUAGACACCGCUUCACGAUGCAUCAGAAAUUGGAUAAAUGAAAAAAAUGAAAAAAAUCCAAAAAAUCAAAUCACCGAUGAACUCUUAUUUUCUAAUUUAUUGAUCGGUGUUUCAGAGAAUCCAACUUUAUUUGGGUCACUAUUAGCAUUCUUUUAUGAUCGUGGAAUCGGCACCACGAGGGAUCGGACAAAAGCUAUAGAAUUCUACAGCAAAAAUGCCAAUACCGGAGACCCAUUAGCACAAAAUGAGUUGGGAUAUAUUUAUGAAAAUAAAGAUUUUACCCUCGCGCGAAAUUGGUAUAAUGAGGCAGUAAAAUCCAGAUGGCCGGACAGUUUUGAUAAUUUGGGAAGAGUUUACUACGAUGGAAUUCACGUCGAUCAAGAUUUUCGCGCUUCUGCAUACUAUUUUCGACUUGGCGCUGAAUUAGGACAUGUCAAUUCUCAACUGUAUAUGGUGUCGAUUUUUCAGUACGGCUAUGGAGUUAUGAAGGAUUUACAUUCAUCAAUUUAUUGGAUUCACAAGAUAUUUAAAAACUCUAAAAACUCUAAAGAAUUAAAAGUCAAACCAAGUUUGCGAGAAAUAUUUAAUAAUAAUUAUUUUUAA